AUGCCAUCAACCAAGACAAAGAUUCUGUCGCACUUCGAGCUCAACGAACCCGUAUACAACCCCCGUUUCGCGGACCAUUAUCGCUUCAACAUGCUCUCCUUCCCAGCGCUCGACAAGCUCACCGACGAUGAGAUCAAGCAGGACGCCCGGGCAAUGGGCUUCAAAAUGACCGCAACCGAUACCGAGGAGGGCCAGGGCGUCGUCACCGCACGCUUUCACGUGGCUCCCAAAGACGUGGAUUCCUGGGCGACGGAUCUAGCCUCGAAAGGGCAAACCGCGAUCGCGAAGGGCAAAAGGGAGGCGCGAGCGUCGUACGUCAAUUGGACCCGGCAUCUGCUGAAGGCCGGGCACAAGGACGUGGCCGUCACGGAGGACCUUAUGGACGUUGAUGACGGUUCCAGCCCAUCAGAGCCCGAGUUCCCGCGCCAGUGCUCAGAUCAUCCCACAGAGUGCGUGGAGUCGCAUGUCCGUCCCGAAGUCCCUGCGCGCGAAUUGCGCGUGUCGAACACGAGCGAAAAGGCGUGGGCUGACUACCGGAGAGAGAUGGCGAGUUUCACCAACCCGUUCGAGGAGAGGGGGGGUCUCGAUGAUGAAUUGGCGGCAUUGGUACAAUCCGUUCGGUUCGCGGGCAGUCCCGCGAAGCUUCUGCCCGAAGAUGGACAGCCCGGCCCCGAGAUAGAUAUGGGUAUGAGUCAAUCAUCAUCACCAUUACCAUUACCGUAUCCGUUCAGUGAGGCGGCGUUCCUCGAGGAAUUCGUGAGGCCCUUGUUCGAGCGGGAGCGCGAGCAGAAUCGAGGGUCCAAGACAACAGCACCACAACUAACGCUGGUCGAUCGAUUGCUCAGGAGCGAAGAUACCGCCGUGGAGAUCCUCUCCCUUGUGGAUGCCACGGAGAAGGAAUGGCGGAAACUGGUCGCUUGCUCGCGAAAGGAAUGGCGGGAUUCGCUCUGCUAUUAUGGGGGUGCUCAGGAGUGGAGUCCCGUGCGGGCGCUCACUGUCUACAAGUCCGCGUACACGAAGUUGAGGGAGAAGGUGGAGCGGGAGAUAUCAACGCAGGGCAAGUAUGUGCUGUGGAGGUGUAGACGGGCUGUGGCGUUGUUGAGGGCUGAGCGGGCGGUGGAAAGUCAGGUGGAGACGAAGCCUAUCAUGGUUUCGAUGUUGCCGGAGCCGGAGCCGGUGUUCGAUGCGAAAAUGGCGGCGAGAUCGUUGCUUGUUAUGUUGGGAUGUACGGUGGCUUGA